AAGUGGGUUAGCAUUCCCCGUCACAGCCACGACUGUGGUGGGGCACUAACGCUAUUAGGGUGAGUUUUCUCACUUAAGUACACGAGCUUGCUUGCCACCAUCAAACUCUAUGGGAACGUGUGUACCUCUAGAUGUGUUGGUUAGACGUUGCAUGCUAAUAAUAUCUCAAGAUGUCAUUUUCUUUCUCUUCACGCAGGUUGCUAAGCUACCGUUAGCUACGUAGCCAUACCGGCUAACGCUACUCCGGCUAACGAGACGAGCUAACGAUGUGGUAUCGAAUACCGAGCUAUUAAACAUUAAUAUAACCACAGCACGUUAUCAAACUCUACAUUUAAUGCUGGUUUUCUGCCGCACGACGACCAACUAAUGUCGGGAGAAAAACGACACGUCGCAGGAGCGCCGCCGCUAGCUGGUAGCUUAGCACGAAUGCUAACAUUAGCUCGGAGGCUAGGCUACCACCGUUCGUGGGGACUCCGCAUAGACGGUGCAGCCCGGUAGUCACUACCGGGGAUAAGACACCGUAUCCACGCAGUCACACCGUCUCUGACGUGUCUCGCGACCCAGAAACAAACACAUGCUGUUGUUGCCACACAUUUAUUUAGAGUGAAACACGAAAUGGCCUGCAGGUUAAAUCCCAACACGUCUUCCCAGCCCGUCGGCUGUGAUCGUGACGUGAAGCUAAUGUCGUGUCUAGCCGGCGCGGCUCUUUGUUUCGUGCAGAAAGCACCGCGUAAUCCACACAAUUCACUCCCUAAAUACAAAAUGAAGCGCUGUCCUUGCUCUAACAAUGUGUUUUAUUGCAGAGUGAUUGACUGGAAUGCACUGAUCCCGUCUCCUCGCUGCAGAGAUGUCAAAGAGACCAUCCCAUGCCUCUCCGCCUCCCCCGGCCCCUUCAACACAAAUGGCCAACACUGUUGGUUUUGUGGGCUACAACCCGUACAGCCACCUGGCCUACAACAACUACAGGCUGGGAGGGAGCCAGAGCAGCAACAGUCGGGUAACGAAUUCCUCUGGAGCGAAUAUCCCGAAGCCGCCGAAGCCGCCCGACAAGCCGCUGAUGCCGUACAUGAGAUACAGCCGCAAGGUUUGGGAUCAAGUGAAAGCCUCCAAUCCCGAGCUGAAGCUGUGGGAAAUUGGGAAGAUAAUCGGUGGCAUGUGGAGGGACCUCACCGAUGAGGAGAAACAGGAUUAUCUGAAUGACUACGAAGCAGAGAAGAUGGAGUACAACGAGAGCAUGAAGGCCUACCACAGCUCCCCGGCCUACCUGGCCCACCUGGAGGCUAAAGGCCGAGCGGAGGCCGCCCUGGAGGAGGAGAGCCGGCUGAGGCAGACGAGGCUGGAGAAGGGAGAACCGUACGGCAGCGUGACGCCAGCAGAGGACCCCGACGACUUGGACGACGGCCUCUCCAGCAAGCACUCGGCCGCGGCUCGUUUCCAACGCAACCACCGGCUGAUCAGCGAGAUCCUGAGCGAGAGCGUGGUGCCCGAGGUGCGCUCGGUCGUCACCACGGCGCGCAUGCAGGUGCUGAAGCGCCAGGUCCAGAGCCUGAUGGUGCACCAGAGGAAACUGGAAGCGGAGCUGCUUCAGAUUGAAGAUCGCCACCAGGACAAGAAAAGAAAAUUCAUUGAGGCCACAGAGUCGUUCACAAGUGAACUCAAAAGGCUGUGCUGUCUGAAGGUGGAAGUGGACACGGAGAAGAUUUCUGCAGAGAUUUCUGCAGCAGAAGAAGCCGCUCGCAAGCGGACGGCGGACCGCGAGAAGGACGGCGGAGACCGAGGCACGAAGGACGCCCCGGCCUGUGUGCUGGCCGAGGAAGACAAACACGUCUGUGCGACGCAUGGAGCCAAGCCCAACUCUCAGAGUGAGAGGAGCAGCAAAGAAGGCGAAGAGGCCGGAUGCAACCACGACGAUACGCCAGAGAAGCCAAAAGCUUCAGAGGAGCUGGAGCCUCGUCCGGGCAGCGAGGAGGCGGCGUCGGAGAAGGAGAGCGUCCCCGAGGGAGCCAUGGAGGAGGAGACCAUGGAGGAGGGAACCAGCGACAGCAACACGGGCUCAGAGACCACCUCCGCACAGACGGAGGACGCCCCCAGCAGCGAGCCCUCAGAGAGGAAAGGCAGGGCCAGAGCAGCCCACUGAGAGGCCUCCGCCGGGGGCUGCCGGUCCACAGCAGCCCACUGAGAGGCCUCCGGUCCACACGUCACCCUCAGUCCCUCAAAGAACACCAAGAACAUUUCGAGGUUUAAAACACCUGAAAGAAGCUGACGUUGAGUUGUAAAACACCAAAAGACUCGCGGUCACACGCUGAAUACAAACUCAACGGCCCGUUCAUCAAUGAGUCUCCUCCUCACGGGCUUCCAGACAUGUGGAAGAACCCUGGAACGGAUCCCCGUGAAUAUGAACAUGAAACUUACUUCUAGUGAAAUUACUGCUUUAUUUUCCUCCUUUGGGUCAAAAUACUUUAAUUAAACUUUUAAACUAUCACCACCGUAAAAGAGCUUCAGCCUCAGGCGGGUCCAUUAAACUAUUACACUUUAUUAAAUGUCCUUAAGCCGUACGGUCGAGUUCGAAUUCAAGCGUAAAACAAAACUUUUCAAAAUAAAAGCCCGAUGCAUCCUUUAGAGGAAGUGGUUUAAAAUCUUAAUAAAUUCUUCAUACACAACAAUAUCAAAAGUUAUACAUCCAAAACCAACAAGGCAACUACAAAACAAACCUUCCAGCCCUCGAAUGAAGACAUGAACGUUGUUCAGUGUUAUGUAAUCAGGGUUCCUACGGUCAUGGAAAACCUGGAAAAGUCACGGAAAGAUCGCAAAUCAUAAAAGUUUUGGAAAAGUCAUGGAACUUUUUAUAUUCACAUGUUCAUUUACGCUGUUUUAAAUAAUUAAUAUGUUUUUUAAAGAAAGACGCUCAAAAUAUAUGCCGGCGUACCUCUCGAUACGCAACAUGUUCUACAUGUUUCAUGUUUAUACCGAGAGUUCAGUUGGGUCAUGGACAUUUGGUUUAAAGUCCUGGAAAAGUCCUGGAUAUCCAUCGGUCACCGUGUGAGAACCCUGGAUAAUAACGUCGUUUGUCGUGUUGUUUUUGAUUUUUUUGCAUGAUGCAAUCUUUACAAAAGCGGUUGUGAGGAGAGAGGAGUGUCUCCUCUCCGGAUGUUUCCGUGACUGUCGUCUCAGUAGUUAUCUUUGUUAUUUAUUAUCAGUAUCUUUAUUGAUCGUGUAUCGGUUCACGCCUUCUCAAGUCGGCUGUCAAUCAAAUCAGAAGCAGUGCGCUUAGAAGAUGUGAUGAAUGUUGAGCUCUAGAUGUCUGGUGAUCGUGUCGUAAACAUGCAGUCAAUAAAUACCAUGAGUUUCUUUUUGCAUAUUUAUAUCAAUAAACUUUUCUACCCUGAA